AACUCCUAAUAUUUAAAUAUAGUAAUGUCAUUAAAUAAAAAAUUUAUAUAUCUAAUUAGCAAAAUAUAGCGACAUUUUGUUCACAUUGAACAAAAUAAUACGUCAGAUUCUUAUAGCAGUUUUUUUGUUUGCACUUAUGUAGUCUCUACUUAACUUUAAUUAUCUUAAUUUUUUUAUUGUAAAAAAUUUAUGAUGUGAAUAUGCAACACAUAUAUAUGCAUUUUUAUAUAUUUAACCAUACAAAUAUGUAUUAAUACUAACCUAAAACUAGUGAAUGACACACGUGUGUUACUCUGCAAAUAAAAAACUGGCCGUCAUAAUUGAGCAAACAUUAUGGAAAAGGAAGAAAUUUGUCAGUACUUCAAUGGUAUCAUCAAAAAUGAAAAAGAUGUUUCUGCUGGGAUGGCUGCUAUACGUACAUUAUUAAAAGUUUUACAGUAUUCGAAGUCUGAAACAGUUCAAGAGCUUAGGUAUUGUUUACAAAAUGCAAUAGAUGCGAUGAGAUCUACUGAAAAUCCAGUAACUGCUAUUGCAUCUGGCAGUGAAUUAUUCCUUCGUUUUAUAACUUUGACUGCGUUAGACACUCGUACAUUUGCAGAAUGCAGAGGUAUUAUGCUUCAUAGAGGAAAUAUGUUUUAUGAGAAAUUGGUGGCUGCCAGAGGCAAAGUAGCAAAAGUUGCAGCACACUUUAUUAAGGAUGGUUCUAAAAUACUUACACACUCAAAAUCUAGAGUUGUAUUACGAGCAAUGAAGGGAGCUGUUGAAAGUAACAAAAUAUUUGAAGUAUAUGUAACAUGUUCUUCGCCAGAUAAUAGUGGGGAAGAAAUGUGUCAAAAUCUAAGAAAAUUAGGUGUAUCUUGUACCUUGAUAUUAGAUUCUGCAAUGGGGUAUGUUAUGGAACAAGUUGAUAUGGUUAUGGUAGGAGCUGAAGGAGUUGCAGAAAGUGGAGGUAUCAUUAAUAAGAUUGGCACAUAUACAUUGGCAAUGUGUGCUAAGGAAGUAAAAAAACCAUUUUAUGUAUUAACAGAAAGCUUCAAAUUUUCAAGAAUAUAUCCGUUAAAUCAAGUUGAUUUACCAAAUGAAUUUAAGUAUACAGCAAGCACGUUAAAAAAAGAUUUGCAGAAGGAACAUCCAUUGGUUGAUUAUACUCCGCCACAUUAUAUCAGUCUUCUGUUUACUGAUUUAGGUAUAUUAACACCUUCAGCUGUGAGCGAUGAACUUAUUAAAUUAUACUUGUAAAACCUAUACAUCAAAUCGUAAUUACAUAGAAAUAAUUUUAAUAAAAAUAUAUAAUUAGAAAUAAAAUUUCUUAAACAUUAAAAAUAACAAAUGUUUAAACAUCUGGUCAAUAAAAACUCAAACUUUAUAAGG